GCCCUUAUUUUGGGGGCGGGGGGGCGGUGGUGUCCACGCCCCGUCUCAUGCACCUGGCGAUAUAGUUCUCCGGCCAGGCAGCCCCGACACGGUUGUGGUUCUGCCCACCAUUAUCGGAAAGUUACUGGAAUCUCCAAAAGAAGAUUUCAAGCCUGUUCAUAUUUACCCUACAACUGCUAUAAUUUGCCAUCUCAAUUCCCACCCCUCCACAUUCUCCUCCUACUUGCUUACUCCAUUCAUAUUCAAUCAAAGCUGCGACCCUUUUAUUCUUUCUUUUAUGUUUUACUAUACGUUAACUAGCAAAUUGGUCUUGUUUUACAGAUAUUGGGUUCCGAUGAUGAGAGGAUUAGGACUUGUAUUCUUUGCAUUUUUCUUGGUUCUCCCAACUCUUCUACGAGUGACAACUUCACAUGGAGAGCAGCCUCUUUCAAGAAUUGUUGUUCAAAGCACAGAACUUCAUCUUAGUGAAAAUGCUUAUGUUAAAGUAUCUCCUUCAAUUCUUGGACUCAAGGGGCAAAAUUUUGAGUGGGUGACAUUGGAGUAUGCUUCUCCAAACCCAUCAAUUGAUGACUGGAUAGGAAUGUUUUCUCCUGCUGAUUUCAGUGCCUCCACCUGCACCCCUGAUGAUGGCUCGAAGUUAGCUCCUUCAUUUUUGUGUACCGCACCUAUUAAGUAUCAGUAUGCAAACUACAGUAGUCCAGGAUACAGAAAAACAGGAAAGGGGUCGUUGAGGCUUCAGUUAAUUAACCAGAGAUCAGGUUUCUCUUUUGUGCUUUUUUUUGGAGGUUUAUCAAAUCCCAAGCUGAUGGCAGUAUCAAAUAAAGUUGCUUUUACCAAUCCAAAUGCACCAGUUUACCCACGCUUAGCACAAGGAAAGAUAUGGAAUGAAAUGACUGUAACAUGGACAAGUAGAUAUGGGAUAAAUGAGGCAGAACCCUUUGUUGAAUGGGGUCGAAAAGAUGGUGAUCGUAUGCAUUCCCUGGCUGGGACACUGACUUUUGAUCGUAACAGCUUGUGUGGUGCACCAGCAAGGACGGUUGGGUGGCGUGAUCCUGGAUUUAUACACACAAGUUUUCUGAAGGAGUUAUGGCCCCAUGCUGUGUAUACAUACAAGCUUGGGCAUAAAUUAUUCAAUGGUACAUACGUUUGGAGUCAAGAGUACCAGUUUAGAGCAUCUCCAUAUCCUGGUCAAAGUUCUGUACAAUGUGUUGUUAUUUUUGGAGACAUGGGAAAGGAUGAAGCUGAUGGCUCCAAUGAAUAUAACAAUUACCAGCGAGGCUCCCUUAACACCACCAAGCAGCUUAUUCAAGACUUGAAAAACAUUGAUAUUGUCUUCCACAUUGGCGAUAUAUGCUAUGCAAAUGGGUAUCUUUCAUGGGACCAGUUUACUGCACAGGUUGAGCCAAUUGCAUCAACUGUUCCUUACAUGGUUGCAAGUGGUAACCAUGAGCGUGACUGGCCAGGAACUGGAUCCUUAUAUGGAAACUUGGAUUCUGGAGGAGAAUGUGGUGUGUUGGCUGAGACAAUGUUCUAUGUCCCUGCUGAGAACAGAGCUAAUUUCUGGUAUUCCACUGAUUAUGGCAUGUUCAGAUUUUGCAUAGCUGAUACAGAACAUGAUUGGGGGAGCCGGGAGGGAACAGAGCAAUACAAAUUUAUUGAGCACUGCCUUGCUUCUGUUGAUAGACAAAAGCAACCCUGGCUAAUUUUCCUUGUGCAUCGGGUGCUUGGUUGUUCUUCUUCCACCUUUUACGCUGACGAAGGAUCAUUCGAGGAACCUAUGGGAAGGGAGAGCCUGCAAAAACUUUGGCAUAAGUACAGGGUUGAUAUAACCAUAUACGGUCAUGCUCACAAUUAUGAAAGGACAUGUCCCAUUUACCAGAAUAUUUGCACAAGCAAAGAGAAAUCCCACUAUAAGGGCACCUUAAAUGGAACAAUACAUGUUGCGGGUGGAGGAGGAGCAAGCGUUGCAGAUUUCACCACCAGUACUACUACUUGGAGUUACUUUAUAGACCACGAUUACGGAUUGUUGUUGGAGUACAAGAAAAGCAGGGAUGGGAAGGUUUAUGACUCUUUCAAGAUAUCUCGGGGCUGCAGAAACAUCACGGUCUGCACCGUGGACAGCCGCCCAAGCAUGACCCUAGCAUCUUGACCUGCAUUGAUGAAGAAAAUUCUUUGAGCAUUGUUUGUGGAUUUGUAGUUUUUUGUUGUAGAACGCUGGCCUUUUGCUGUGUGUUGUAUAAUCAUAUAAUAGUCAUUUAGUGCUCUGAAUAAAACAUCCUCCCUGACUCGUAUUUCA